AUUAUGGGAAGGAUCGCAGUUGCUUUAAAUUAUAGAAGUUGGCAAGUGCCUGGGAGAAGGAGUGGGAGGUUGUUUAAACUGAGAAAGACGGUUGCAGAACUUCGUCCGACAGCAUGAGCUCGCCCUCCACACAUAUCCUUUACUUUUUUCUUCAAGACACUUCCCUGCACUGUUGUGGGGCAGCUUGAGUAAUUAACAUAUUUCUGCUCUGAAUAUUUUUUAAUGGUUUCUAAAUUCAUGGGAGACUCAAAGCAAGGAAGUCUCAUGUUCGGGGAGGACGUCUGAACCCAGCAGUGCCCAGGCAAGAUCGCUGUUGCCAAGGAGAUAUAAGAAAUACACAUCAAAUGGAAACAAGAACAUUGAUUGCAGCAACGAUGAACUAGUUGGGCUUUGGAGACACAUUGUACCUUUGGAUUUGUUAGGAAAUGUCUGUAUGAACAAAGAUAUAUCCAUCUUCUAAAAUAUACAAUCAUUUGUCUAUUCAGGAAAGAUCAAAGAAAACGUCAAUACAAUCUCGCUGUCCUUCUCUUUUGCAGUAGAAUGAAAGGCCAACAUCCUGCCAUAUUUACCAAGAAUAGGGUUGCUAGUUUUUGGACGCCAUCUAAAAUCCCCCAAGCAGUAAAUGCUUCUUUUCUCAAAGCUAACAACCAAUUUCCAGUCAGUGAGUAAUUUUUUUCCCGGAACCAUCUUAUUGGAAAAUCAAUGAGAAGAGGAAAAAAUUAAAUAAGCAAUCUUUAAAAGAGGCCACAGCAAGAGAGAUGGUAAGCUUCCAAUCUCACCAGUCAAGGAAAGCCCGCACUUACAGCUUGUCCCAAACAAAACCAUAAUUUUAACUGAUCCCUGAGUUGAGCUUCACUGGAUGAAUGACUUCCAGGGCCUCUGGCUCUUUGGGACUAAACGAGAAGAUUAUUUUUAGCUCAAGUAUUUGGAAAUCUUUGAGAACUUGGACCCGCUAUUCUGUCUGGUACCAAAGCAAGUUUUUCACCGAGCUCUCAGGAAAGAUCCUGACUUUUGUUCACUGGGAAUCCUGCAGCAACCUACCCUCCCAGAGCACGAGCCCAAGAUGAUUGUCCUGCUCUACGUGACAAGCCUUGCCAUCUGUGCAAGCGGACAACCUCGGGGCAAUCAGGCUAAGGGAGAGAGCUACUCUCCAAGGUACAUCUGCAGCAUCCCUGGCUUACCUGGGCCCCCAGGUCCUCCCGGAGCAAAUGGCUCCCCUGGACCCCAUGGUCGCAUUGGCCUUCCUGGAAGGGAUGGUAGAGAUGGCAGAAAAGGAGAGAAGGGGGAAAAGGGAACUGCAGGUCUAAAAGGUAAGACUGGACCGCUGGGCCUUGCUGGUGAGAAAGGAGACCAAGGAGAGACUGGGAAGAAAGGACCCAUAGGACCAGAGGGUGAGAAAGGAGAAGUUGGUCCAGCUGGGCCUCCUGGGCCAAAGGGAGACCGAGGAGAUCAAGGGGACCCAGGACUGCCUGGAGUGUGCAGAUGUGGAAGCAUUGUGCUCAAAUCUGCCUUCUCGGUUGGCAUCACAACCAGCUACCCAGAAGAAAGACUACCCAUAAUAUUUAACAAAGUCCUCUUCAAUGAGGGGGAGCACUACAACCCUGCAACAGGGAAGUUCAUUUGUGCUUUCCCAGGGAUCUAUUACUUUUCUUAUGAUAUCACAUUGGCCAAUAAGCACCUAGCAAUCGGGCUGGUGCACAAUGGGCAGUACCGAAUAAGGACCUUUGAUGCCAACACAGGGAACCACGAUGUGGCUUCGGGGUCCACAGUCAUCUACCUGCAGCCAGAAGAUGAGGUCUGGCUGGAGAUCUUCUUCAAUGACCAGAAUGGCCUCUUCUCUGAUCCAGGCUGGGCAGACAGCUUGUUCUCUGGGUUUCUUCUCUAUGUUGAUACAGAUUACCUGGAUUCUAUAUCAGAAGAUGAUGAUCUGUGAUCCAGACUGCAGGCCUGAAUGUUACAACAUGAGUACCACAGUGGCUUACACUCUGAUCUAAUCUGGAGUGCUGGAAGGUGGAGCAAGUGAUACAGGGAUUCAGAAUUUUUUUUUUUUUUAACAGACUGCUCUGGUAGAGUUAUCAAAAUAAGACAAACCACCAACCAGUUGAAAUCACACCAAAAUGAAUGGCAUACAAUAACCCCAGACAGAGACCCCCUGAAGUAAUGAUCCUAAAUAUUUAAGCAAAUUAAAGAUGAUGUUAACAAAUUUGAAUGCCUUUGGCAAUACAACCAACUAGUAGUGACACUGCCUUAUUAAAUAUUCAUAAAACUCCAA